AUGGAUGCCAAUACAAGUAUCCUGGCUGAGGACACAAGUGUAGUCAAUGCUAAUGUUGCCAACAAAGGUGGUGACACUAGCGUCAACACAAGCGUAAUCAAUGACACGAGCGUAUUAGACACAAGCUUGAAUACAAGUAUGUACGUCAACAACAAAACCAACGACAACAACAACAACACAAGUAGUAGUAGAUUGGCCAAGGCCAAGCAUGAUCACUUCAACACAAGUCCACCAUACUUUGCCAUAAUCGUACUCUUCAACAGAGAUGGUACCUUUAGCAAACAAAACAAAGUCAAAAUGUUUGACAAUCCACUUCGCUUUGGAAGAGACAAUACAUGCAACUUUGUCUUGGACAGACCUGGCGUGGAACCAUUCCAUUUGGAGAUAUACUAUGACAAUGUGAUCAAACAAUUUAUACUGAAUCCAUUGUGUUCAAUGUCAAAGAGUGACACGAUUAGACUCAACUUCAUUCCUGGCAUUUACAAAAAGGUCAUUCUUUGCAAUAAUGACAUUGUCUCGGUGGCAUUCCGUUCAUUCAAGGUUGUCUUUAACAUGGACGUUGGUGGCGUGGACAUUCCCAACUCAUUCUUCGACUCACCAUUCCUCCCUGGCACUACCACCGCCAUUUCCAAGCCCAUAUCUUCAUUUCCAAUGGCAUUGGACCCCCUGCCUCAUUAUGGUGAGCGUCCAAUCGCCACCUCCGCCUCGACUUCAACGCACAACACGAGUGCUGACCCACUUCUGGCAUUCACAAAGAAGAAGCCACUCAUCAAGAAACCAACUCCCAGGACUUCGUUUGCUGGUAUCAUGACCAGCGAGCCCUUGAAUGACAAAUCAAUGAAUGUGCACGAGACCAUUUGGAAGAAACAUCAGGACGAGAAGAAGGAGAAGGAUGAAGCGAAGAAUGAUGAGGAGAGCGAUCAAGAUCAAGAUCAAGAUAUGUUGGACAACAAGGAGAAGCCAUUUGUCAGGCUGCCAUUGCACAAGUCAAUCAAACAACAGCCAUCCACUGUUAGCAAGCCAGACAAUGCUGCUGCUACUGCUGCUGCUACUCCUGCUACUCCUACCAAGACAUCCAACCCCAAGAUUAAGGCAAAGACCAAGACAUUGAAUACGAGCACAGUCACAGAUGAGAGUGGAAGUGAUUGUGGCGAGCCAGAGGACAAACACAAGAAUGACAUUGUUAUUUCACUUGGAUCAAAGAGAACUCUCGAUGUUGGAUAUCGCCAGGUACCAUCGUCCAAGAAACGUGCCAGUGUCAAGAAGAGCAGGAUUGAGGACGAGAUGGUAGAGAGAGUGAAAGUUAAAAAGGACGAGGAAGUUGAGGUUGAGGAUGAGGAUGAGGAAGUGGAGCAAGAGGAAGAGGAAGAGGAAGACGACGUCGAGGAGCAAGUCGAGGAAGAGGAGGAGGAGGUAGUGGAGAAAAAGAAGAAGAUAGUGAGGAGGAUAGUGAAGAUGGUGAGAAAGACACAUCCUAAAGUCAAGGAAGAGGUACAUAGUGAUUUGGAUAUGGACGAUGAGGAACAGGAGGACGACGAUGUUGAUGAUGAUGAUGAUGAUGAUGACGUAUCGGACAUAUCACCAAUCAAACCACCACCAAAGAAGAAGGUACAACAAAAGACACCAAAGAAACAAACGACACCUCGAACCAAGAAGACCACUCCUGGAAGGCAGAGGAGUAUAUAUGUCGAUGCGGAGACAGAGGAGUCAGAUGAGGACGAUUCAGAUGAGGAUGGUAAAGUCAAUAUUCCAGAGGGAGCGAUCUCAUGGAAGACGGCCAACAUAUUCAUUCCCAAGCCCGCACAAGGAAAGAGUCUGGAGGCUGCACUCAAGAUGCAUCGCCAGUACUACGAUAGCGAGCCAGACCGGUCAGUCAAGCAAUCCGAGAGCAAGGAGAGUUUGCUCAAGAUCCUCGACGGCAUGAAGAGCGUCAAGUAUGACAACAAGUCGUGUGUCAUCGUCGGCCACUACCGACGCCUGGUCCAGGGCGAGGAUGCCAACCUGACGCGCUACUACGAGAAGAUCACCAAUCCACUGUCGUUGUGUAUCAUCAAGAACAGAAUGUUGAAGGGCCAUUACAACACGCAGAACUUGCCAGGCUGCAUCUGCAUGGACUUUGAAGUGAUGGUGGAGAACCAUCUCCGGUUCUUUGGUGCCAAGAGCGAUGAAGGCGUCUGUGGCCUGGUGCUCCUGGAGCACUUGUACAACACACUCAACCAGCAAUCCCUCCUGACCGAUGAGGAGUUUGCGGCCAAGUCCACUAGGCUGGAGAACAUGUACAAGGGAAAGUAUGGAGCCAAGGCUGAGGCGACACCAAAGCGUCGCAAGUCCGUCAACGAGAGUCACGAUGUCAGUAUGGCCGAGGAGACAGAACAUCAGGAUGAAGAUGAUGCAGAUUAUGACAACAUCAACAUCGUCAAUUCAGAACUUCCAUAUACAGAUAGCGAGGGUGACAUGUAG